UUUUUGUAUAAGCACUAUUUUUAUUUUUGUGUGAUGGCCCCCCUUAUAAUAUGGCAAAAGCCUUCUAAACAUUUCUUCUUUUUUUAGAGCUCUUUGAUUAAAAAUACAAACACACAUAUUUAUUUUCUUUCUAUUCAUGCUGCUAUUGUCUGGUGCUAGUUGUCGUUUUAUUCAACAACAAAAACAACAACAACAAAACCCCUUAGAACAACAACAAAAGGCACAAGAAGAAGAAAAAGAAGAAAAUAUAAACAAUUUUCUUCUAAUCCCAACAAUGUUAAACAAUGGCAACAACUUCAAUAAUAAGUUGAAUGGGUCUGUUGUUGUGCCCCCGUCUACUUCACCAACAUCCUGCGCCUCCCACACCCAGGGACUACGUCGCACGGCUGCUUCUUUGUGUGCGCAAUGGGGGAAAGGAAGAAAUGGAGGGGGAGGAAAUAAUAAAAAUGAAGAAGAAUAUGAAGAAGAAGAAAACGUCCCCGCCCACACAGGUGGUAACAACAACAACAACUCUUCGCCCUUUUCUUCUUUUCUUUUGCAAAUGUCUAAUGCUUUGGGAAUAUGUCCUGCGCCUGCAAAUCAGGUUGAAUUAGACUUUUCAUUGGAGCCUUCUUCUUCCUCAUUUAACAACAACAACAAUUCACAACAAAAUUGUUGUGUUCGUCUUUUAAUUCGUUCCCCUAGCGGCGAUUCUGCUCAAUUGUUUCUUUCAACCGGCACUCCAACAGGAAGUUUUUGUGCAAAAAAUUCGAGUCGUUGUGGACAUGGCCAGUGGUCGGUUAGAGUGAAUGAUGGGGAAGAACAGCGUUGGACAUUGGAUGGUGUUGGAUCUCUUCAUUUUCGUGUUUUGAUGAUGAGGGGAGGAGGAGGAGGAAGAGGACAUUACGGGGACAAUGCACCGUCUGAAUGGAGACUGGAAUUGGCAGACCAAGAAUUCCUUCGUGUCCCAGCAAUAGCCACGUGUCCGCUGAUGGCAAUUAUGAUGGCAAAGCAAAAGCAGAAGAGAAAUAAUUAA